AUGUCCGCCUUCGCCACCCUCCGCGCGCCCGUCGUCGUCAAGACCGGGAAGGCGUCUGCCUUCGCCCGCGGGUCCUCCGCGGCGCUUCCGGUGCGCGCGCGCUCGCCGUCGUCGCGUCGGCGAUACCCUAGCGGAUUAUUCUCCGAUGCGCGGUGGUUUGUUUUAUCGCGACGACGCGCGCGUCGCGUCGCGUCGCGUCGUCCGACCAUCGCGCGUCGUCCGCGGUCGGUCGCGCCGCCGCCGUCGCCCUCGCCCGCGCGCACGCCGUCUCCGUCUCCGUCUCCGACGCGGACGGACCCGUCCAUCCCUGACCUCGCUUCCCUCCACCUCUCUCUCUCGCUCUCUCUCUCGCGUCCGCAGGCAUCGCGCGCGUCGCCCUCCGUCCUCCGCGCGUCCUCCGUCCUCCUCCCCGCCCGCCGCGGCCGCGCGCUGUCGCUCACGACGAAAGCGCGCGCCGCGGGCGAGGGCAAGGACGGGAAGUCCGUCACCGGUAGGAAGCCCAACCCAGAGUUCGCGGGCGAGGACGGCAAGCUGUGGGUCUGCCAAGGGUGCGGCUACAUCUACGACGGAUCGCUCGGGAAGUGGAAAGAGGAGUCUCGCUGCCCCGCGUGCGGCGAGCGGCGAUUCGCGCUCAAGACGCGGGGAGAGAUGCAGAUCGCGAUCGGGUCGAUCAUCGGCGUGACCGUCCUCGUCGCCGCGCUGUACGCGCUCGUGAAGCUCGCGUGA